AUGGGGCAGAACGAGGCAGAUCCAGAGAAGGAUGAGGAAGAUGUCAGAAACCUCUCUCCUAUCAAAGAGGAGGGCGUGGAGCAGGGGGAGGACGUCUGUCCCGUCACCCCAUUUGGGAUACGAAGAAGGCCUUCAGCAAACCCAGAAGAGAGACCCAUUCGACCAGCAGUUGGAGUGCGGCAGAAGACUUUUGAGGAAUUUGUUGAGGAGCAGCUGAAAGCAGAUGAAGACAUUCUGCAAAAAGAAAAUCAGGAAAAGAAGGAGGUGCAAGCGCUGGAAAAUAAGUAUUUCCUGAGAAAAGGAGAAGGAAUGUUCCGGGAGAAAAGUGGAGACAGCUUUCUGAGGGGACGGAGGAGAGCAUCCCUUGCCCCACCCCCUAGGAGAGGGAGUUUUUCCGGCAGGCCGAGGCGCCUGUCGGCACCCUGCCUGCAACACGAGGAGGUGAUGGUGGACAGAGGCCCCCCUCCCUGCAGCCCGGCUGCACGGAUGACCCAGGGGGAGGCCGCAGGGUCGAGCAAACAAGCCGAAGCCAACCUCGAACCUCGACCGGAGAGAGAGGUCAAACUGGAGGUAGCGCCACGAAGCAGUUCUACAGAAAGCGUUGUUCUGAACUGUAGUGUAGCAGAGGCGACGACUCCUAAAAAAAUACCCAAGGACACGGUGUUACACCGGCACCUGUGUGUGGCUGAAAGAGACUGCACCGGCGCUACCCAAAGGCAAGGGGGCGCAGAUGAGUCUCAGAGGUCGCGGUUUGACCUUUCUGAAAGGGAGUGGGUUUCCUCUGGGGGCCAGCAUCAUCCUCACCUCAGCCCAAUUGGACCGAGCGUGGGCUUCAAAAAAGUAAACGACCUCAUUGUCAGGGUUUCUGCAGGGCCGAGCCUGGCCACAGGGGGCGGCGAUGAGACGAGUCAGUUCCGAGGCGGUUGGGAAGGGCGGGGCCAGGCCACGGUGGCCAACGGGGGUCCUGCGCAGUCCCCGCCCUCGAGUAGCUCCGGCAGCGAGGCAGACCCAACCCGCGGCCCACGCCAGCUGGCCGCCAUCCAGGCCCCGCCCACGCCGGGAUACAAGGACCAGAACCUGGACCUGUCCGACGACGACUACGCCAGCGAUGCCCCGAGCGAGGGGGACGGGCCCCGGGGCCCCGCCGGCCCUCACGCCCUCCUCCAGAAGCUCCUCAGCAGCAGCAGCUCCAGCUCCAGCAGCGACGAAGAGAUCGGGGCCUUACGCGGGCUGCCACGCCCUAGGGAUUCUGGGAAAGCGGGCGCGGAGAGAAGAGCCCGCCUGCGGCAGCCCGCUGCCCGACAUGGCGCCAAGGUGGCGCCGAGGCCCCCUUCCACAUCGAGUCUGUUCCCCGCCGCAAAAACCCAAAUCAAAGAACCGGCCCGCAGCAGGCACAUUGAUAGGUCGCUGGGUUCGGGGGAAAGCCAGUGCGGAAAUGAACCCGGGUUCAUGUUGAGACAUGAGAAGGAUUCUAUCCUGAAGUCAAACGCAGGAAUGGACCAUGAUUCAGGGCUGGACAAAAUGAAAGAAGAACAAAAAAAUACCUUGCUGUUUCUCAGGGAGAAAAUUGAUAGAUUUGAAUACAAAAAAAGAGAUGACCUCAGUGAACGUGAACACACAAGCAGUGAAAGUCAGGUCUCGAGGAAUGAGCAAGUAACCCCUAAUAUGGAUUUACAGGAGCUGAGGCUGCAGAUGCAGGCUCUGCAGGAGCAGUUCAAACAGAGGGAGACCCACUGGCAACAGACGCACCAGCGACUGCAGAACCAGAUGGAGGCCCUGAGCAGAGAGAACGCAGACCUGAAAAGAGAGAGCAGUGUUUCUAGAACACACCGCCAAGAGGCCGGGAGGGCUAAUGACAUGCCGCCCAGGCCUCACAGCAGAACAGAGACUGUGGUGUCUGAGGCCAUAGUGUCGGGCACCUCUCCGGUGAAGAGGGAGGAGAGGCCUUCCAGCCGGUCCGGUCGCAGCUGUACUCCUGUUGGAAGACAGCUGCGUGUCGACAGUUCACCGGCAGCGAGAACCGAGGGCCAGAGGAGAGAGCGAAGCGGAUCGGUGGGAUCGGCGUCCAGGGUUUUGUCUGACAAAGUUCUGCCCGCUCCCCGCCCCAGAAGCUCCACGCCAGCAUUCAACAGACCUCCCAUCCACAAGAGGGCGGUACCCAUCACCACUAACUCAAGGACAAAGGGAAUUUCAUCUUCUUCCACAAGACCGCAAUCCUCCAAUUCCAGAAGCUCUGAGGAACCUGAGAAACCCAACCACCCUGAGAAACCCACCUCCAGACACAGCAGCCAUGAUGAAAGGGGUGAGUCCAGGAGAGGGGAACACCCACCCACACUGAGGGCUGAGGGGGGCCAGAGCUCCGCGCCCAGCGGGAGACGCACACCCACAGCUUGGACAGGCUCGUCCACAGGGCCUGAGCACAGGGAAACCAGACACGAUCCAGGUGUACUGAGGAGGUUGAGGGAGGAAAUACGUUAUCCAGAUGGCAAGAUAGAACGGCUUCUCCAAAAUGGCCGCCGCGUCGUCAUAUUCCGUAAUGGAACGAAGAAGGAGAUCUCCGCCGACGGGAAGUCGAUCACAGUCACAUUCUUCAACGGUGACAUCAAGCAGGUUGUGGCUGAGGGGAAAGAGGUUUACUAUUACGCUGACGCACAGGCAACACACACCACGUACCCGGAUGGUCUCCAGGUCCUAAAAUUUCCAAACAAUCAGAUUGAGAAACAUCACCCCGAUGGCACAAGUGAGAUCAUUUUCCCAGAUCAGACCAUCAAGUGUGUCUACCCCGACGGUCGCCAGGAGAGCAUCUUUCCAGACGGAACCGUGGUGAAGCUCGCCAGGAAUGGGGAAAAGACUAUGGAGUUCUGCAAUGGACAACGAGAGAUCCAUACUUCACAAUACAAGAGGAGAGAGUAUCCAGAUGGAACCAGCAAGACGGUCUACUCAAAUGGACGACAGGAGACCAAGUAUUCCUCAGGAAGGGUACGCAUUAAGGACAAAGAUGGCGCAGUGAUCAUGGACAAGAACUAAGUUCAUGGACAUCGGUUUUGACGGCCAUUGCAUGCAUGUUUAUUCGAUUGAACAAUCUGAGAGUCUGUUUUAAUUUACUGUAUUUUUUUCAUAAAUAUGUAUAGUGUAGCGUAUGUUAGUACUUUUAGCUGUAAAUCUCUGUGUUUAUGUAAAUUAAAAUGGUGAAAAUGGCACAAUAAUUAUGGACAAGCACUAAGUCAAUGUGCUUGCAGUUUUUGUAUUUGUAUGGUGAAUUUGUAUGAAUUGUUUUUCAGAAAUAUUUGUA